GAAAGGAACCGGUAGCUGACCAAAUAGUACGUAAAAUGAGAAGUUUUUUUUUUUUUUUUAAUAAUUAAACCAGCUCCUCCUUAACACUAUCAUAUUCACUCACUUUGAUGAAAGCAAAGCACAAGAGAAGAUCGGCCCUCGUUUAGCGGCCGCAGGCCCAAUUGUGAAGGGACGUUCUGCUCGGUCAACUUACGGGACAUGAUCGGGAUGCUUAGCAGGGCCGCGAGCACACGCUGCCUGUUCCCUCUCAAAAGGAUUCAGUGGAGACAUGUGGAGCAAGCACGAGGGUGCGCCGGCCCACCGACAACUCUGCACCUUCUCCAAGACUGUCUGGAGCUCCAGUACAGAGGGUCUCGGAUGCGUUUGGACUACGUGUGGCUGAGGGACCACUGCCGCUCCGGCUCGUCGUACAACUUUAAAACAAACCAGAGGAACUUGGACACAGCAAGUAUUGACCUCAGUAUUCAGCCCGAUCACAUCCAAGUGGAAGAUGACCACCUCAUCCUCACUUGGCCCGGUGGUCACGUGUCAAGAUACAGCUUGAGCUGGCUGGCUGAAAACAGCUACGAGGGGACAAAGCUGAGCAGCGUACAGCCACGCGUCCUCUGGAAUGCCGACGUCUAUAACGACUCGCGCGUCCCCUCCUCCAAAUGGGCCGCGUUUAUGAGCAGCGACGACGAGCUCGAGAGGUUUCUGCAGAACUACCUCCUCUACGGGAUCGCUUUCGUAGACGGUGUCCCUGCUACAGUUGAAGCCACGGAGGCCGUGACUCAAAGGGUCAGUCUGAUCAGGGAGACGACGUACGGAAGAAUGUGGUGCUUCACUUCCGAUUUCUCCAGAGGAGACACCGCCUACAGCCAGCUCGCGCUGGACCGCCACACAGACACGUCUUACUUUCAUGAGCCAUGUGGAAUUCAAGUUUUUCACUGUCUAAAGCAUGAGGGAACUGGAGGAAGGACCCUGCUUGUGGACAGUUUCCACGCAGCUGAAAGUGUUCGUCGGCAGUCACCCGAACAUUUUGAAGUGCUCUCCCGUGUUCCGAUCAGACACGAAUAUGUGGAAAGCCGGGGCGUCCACCAAAAUCACAUGAUAGGCAUUGGCCCCGUCCUAAAUAUCUAUCCUUGGAAUGAUGAGCUUUACUUGAUUCGGUACAACAACUACGACCGAUCAGUGCUCAACACGAUCCCGCACGAUGUCGUCCGCCGCUGGUAUGUGGCUCACCGAGAGCUGACUGUGGAACUGAGGCGGCCGGAGAACGAGCUGUGGGUCAAACUCACACCGGGGAAAGUGAUUUUCAUCGACAACUGGCGGGUCAUGCACGGCAGGGAGGCCUUCACCGGCCUGAGGCGGCUCUGCGGAUGCUAUCUGAGCAGAGACGACGUUCUCAGCAAGGCGCGCAUUUUUGGCCUUCAGGCGUAAACCCCCCGUCCAAAACAGCCGAUUGACUUUGGGAAUGUUCACCCUGGGAAGUAGCUUUCGAACUUGAAACCAUUAAAUGUUCUCAUAAAUUCAAUCCAUUACACCCUACACAAUAUG